CCGGGCAUUGGGUUGGUUGGUGCAGGUGGCUGAAGGGAGCUAAACAUUAGCUAUCGUGGCUAAUGUAACUUGGGUCUGGAGCAUGCAAACGAUAUUCCCGGAUAUGUAACAUAUCUUCUGUAUUAUCAAUUAAUUGUCAUCCAUUUUUACGUCUCCUUUUUCUUUUUGUUGAGCUAAUGUUAGUAAGUGACUACUACAAAUCUACUAUUUUGUUGAUGAAAGUUCACUAGCUAACGUUACUAGGAAGUUGCCGGAAGUUAGCAACUGGUCUUUUUUAUUUUAUCAAAAACUCGACGAUUAACUAGCAUUAACGUUAGGUCUAUUUUAUUUUUUUCAGUUAAAGCAAAACUUAAAUUUUAAUUUACUGAAUUUUACUCCAAAUACUUGCACUUCACAGCCAUGUAAAUACACCAAAACAUUUCAACAAAGGUUCGUAUGUAUUAUUUUGAAAGUGUAACCGGAAACUGUAUUAUUGUUCUACUUCCUCCUGGACGUUUUUACGUAAACGGAUCUAUCUAGCUAUGACAAAAGCUACCCGUGAGGUACUAGUCCCCGAAACAUGUCUCCUGUCCCCAGGGUUAACAUGCUGAAUAUGACCGGGGACGGGAAUCUCCCUGCCGCCUGAACCAGCGGUUUACUUUACUGCAGCGAGUCAACUAGAGCGUUAAAACAAACCGAGGUAACAGACGGGCUCUUUAUUUAUUCAAGAGAACAUGGCGGAGUUUUCGCCCGUCCUGUCGAUGCGGGAUGGAGGAGGACGAUUUGGCCAACCCAUCUUCCCUCGGUCCAGGUCUGGUUCCGAGUCAGAGAGCGAACUGUCCCAGAGCCUGGCCCGGACCAAGAUCCGCUCGUACGGAAGCACAGCUAGCGUCACGGCUUCUCUGGGGGAGAAAUACAUAGAGCAUCGAGUUACAGACAGUGAUACCCUGCAAGGGAUUGCUCUCAAAUAUGGUGUUACGAUGGAGCAAAUCAAGAGAGCCAACAAGCUGUUCAGCAAUGACUGCAUUUUUCUGAAGAACAGCCUCAACAUCCCUGUGGUGUCGGAGAAGCGCUACAUAUUUAACGGACUGUCUCUGGAGUCUCCUGAUGGGGACAGUGAAGCAGCAUGCCAGGAGGCAGAUACACCUUGUGUUGUGUUGCAGGAUAUUGAGGGACCCUCGCCAGCCCCAUCCCCGCCCCCAGAGGAGCUGUCAGCCAAAGACUUCUUACACAGACUGGACUUGCAAAUUAAACAAUCAAAACAGGCAGCACGCAGGCUGAAAGAAGAGGAAGUAAGGAACAAUGAGGAGGACUACACAACCCCAACAACAUCAUAUCAGGAGAUAUAAAGGACCAGUUCGUUUACUGCACACGCACGUGCACACGCACACACACAACCACAACCCCAUUGCUUUUUUUGUCUCUUUACCUUUUUGCUUUUACCAAACCAUGUUGAAGAAAAGUGCGUUUGCCUUUUUAUUUUAUGAAAUGUUUGCCUUGUUAUUUAUUGAUAUGCAAUUAUUAAGAUGUUUGAUUGUUUUCGUUUUGUUCUACUUGGAGGCUUGACAGCGCGGAGGCGCAUCUGAUAUGCUGUACAGAGCAUCUGAGCACACAUGCUCUACUCAUCCUGUGCUUCUGAAGCUGCUGUACAGAACCCGCCUGCCACACACACACACACACACACACACACACACACACACACACACACACACACACACACACACACACACACACACACACACACACACACACACACACACACACACACACAGUGCUAAGCAGUUCCAGAAGGAUAAGCUUGUUAGACUUGCUAACUGCUUCUGAUGUGCUUAAUCGCCACCUAGAAUAGUAUCAUUGGGAAGUAUAUUCGGGCCUUCCUCAUCAGUGUUUACCUUGUUUCAGCACACCCCAAACAGAAGUGGUGGAUGGACUCAAACCUUUGAACAAGUUCCAUUUGCCUCAUAGAUGCCUUUUCUUCGGGGGAAAAGAAGGGACUGCUCUAUUUUUGAAGUGUGAAUGCAUUAUUUAUGUGUGGAGAACUGUCUGUAACAGUUGUGUUAUGUGCUUUUAAAUUCUAUUUGUUUAAUUUGAGGAGAAUAAAUAUGUCAUUUAACCAGA